UGGUCUCUGAUGCCAUUGUCCUGUCUUUCUCUUGUCUCUGCUCUCCCAUUAUGCCAUUGGCAAGGAGUUGAGAAGUUAGUCCAUUACUUCUCUGACAAAGCGUGCCUCAAGUACUACAGCCUUCCAGCAGCCAUCCCAGACCCACAGACCACGUCCAGGGAAAACUAAUAAAACCGCAACGUAUCGAGGCCCCCAGUGAAUGCACAAUCCAGGACAUGCAUCAGGGCGUUGCACAUCUGGAUGAAAGCUUUACACGUGGUUUGCAGGAAGAAAGUAAUUGUGGUUUGGAAGACCGGCCUUUUUCACCAAGCCCACAAUUCACAGUGGAUGUGGCUAAGAGUACAUCUUCUGAAGCAAACUUGAACAUGACUGUAAAUGCUCAAGAGCCUUAUCAUUUGGCAAAUAAUCAAAUUAGUGACAUUCAGUUUGUACCCACUUCUCUUCAGACACCUCCCCAAUCAAGUACAGUAGGCCAGGCUAAGAGAAUUGGAAGAAAUCAGUCUCUGCCAGUGGGCUAUACGUCUCAGCCCACGUCCUUGCAGCUUUUAAAGCCAUCCAUUUUGAAUUCUUUGGUACCUCCUCCAGUUUCUGAAUCAUCUCCAAGUAGUACUUCCACUUGUAGGAAGUCACCAGUAAUUACAACAUGUAAUUCAGCAAAACUUCAGCCAACAUCUAGUCAAACAAAUCUUGCAAAUAAUCAGAAUCUGAAAGCAUCUAAGCUCCGCCCCCCUUCUGGCAAUUUUAAACAAAAACAAAUAAGCAGCUCCCGACUAGAGCCUCAAAACUUCCAGACCAAGACCAGCAUCCCAAGACCACUAACACAACGAAAAGAAAUCAUGCAGAAUCCGAAUGGCAGUUUGCAUUCUGGGGAUUGUUUGGUCUCUAAUCGGUAUUCUCGUCUUCCUAAACCAAAGAUACAUUAAGUACAUAGCCAUUACCUGCCAAUAUGUUUUUGUUUCUCUCUCUCUUUUUUUUUUAAACAGUCUGUUCUGUAAUAACUUUAUGUGCAAUUUGGUACCAGGGUGGAGGUUCCACUGAAAACCUGCAAAUCUUAAAAUUAAAAUGUGGAAGCUUCUACUAGUUUGGCUCUUCAAUUUUAUAUCCUGGUUGAAGUACAUGCCAUUUGAGCAUACUUAUCUCAGGUAAACACAAAAGUUUGCUUACCCAUUUCAGAGACCUGCCAAAGGCUGUAAUCACGUUAACAAUCUUUCUGCACAUCAGAAAAUUCAUAGCAGGCAAGAGUGUGCUUUGCUAGUUUAGUCCUGUUAAGGUCUGUCUGUGUUUAUUGUGGUUGUCAGAACUGCAACCAUUUUUACCUGUCCCUACUGUGAAUAUGGCUACUAUUUUAACUAAAGAUACAGUGAUAAUGGAAGAUGGACGUCUGUAAGCAGAGUUCUGGCCAGUUUUGUAUAUUUAAAAGGUCUAUGCAAAAAGCUUUGUGAUGAAUAAAGGAGAUUAGGCUUUUAA